GCAUACGAGAGCGAACGAUUGAUCAACAACUCUAAAUUGCAUAAAUUGGAUAAAUACUGAGGAUUCGAUCCGGUGCUGGGGAUACUGAAAGCCAAGCAGACGGAAGUAAGCUUUCUUCCAAACUUCAAAAAGAACUGUGAGUGAAGAAGCCGCGACUUCAACCAGAACCCGCAUCUCUUCCAACUUGAAUGGCUUUUCGCCCCUUGUCUGCUAUUGGUUGAAAUCCGCAGUGGGCGGAGUAAAAUUCCACGUGCUGUCAACCACGACUUGCAGCAGCCACCACAAAACCAGUCAGUCAUGCAAACUGAUUCGAGUCACAGCGAGCUUUGGCUUUUGCCAUCCACUAACCCAUGUGUGAUGCAAGUGUUCUAGUCCGGCCGUUGCAUUCCUCCGGCCUUCAUUUAAUUCCUGGAUACGUGAUGGAAUAUUAGAAAGCGUGACAGUGCCUUUGAAGAUUUCAAACCGUGUUCUUCCCAUUUUGUUUGACAGCUGAAAGACAUGCGUAGAAAUCCGAUGUCACCGCGAACCAUAUCGGUUCUUCUUUUCAUCUUCUAUUCUAUGUGCAUUAACGCUUUUAGUGAGAACGAUAGGGAAUAUGAUUAUUGCGUAAAUAAAGCAAUUCCUGGCAGCUCUGAUGAAAUCUCUCUGAAUUGCAUGGUACAGAGUGUGAAUGAUAUAUUUCGAAAUUUCUCAUCUAUUCAGCCUGAUCAGAUUGUGGAAUUAAGAAUAACAUGUGAUAGAAAUAAGGAAAAUAAUAAUCCUAAAUCCUCUUUGCAUUUUAAUGGUGAAAUUGAUAACUUAGUGAAUAAUACUUUCGGAUUGUUGAAAAAUUUACGAGAACUUGCAAUCGAAGACUGCAAUAUGCAGACUAUUCCUCCUAUGGCUUUCAAUGGUGUUUCUCAACUAACGAAUUUGACAGUCAGAUCAAGGAAUGUCCAGAAUGGAGAUUAUUCUCUUAAGCUUUCAGCAGAAACCUUUUCUCAGUUGCAGUUACUGGAAAGAUUAGAUCUAAGUGAAAACAACGUAGAUGCUUUACCCCAGACACUUUUAUGUCCACUUCGACGAUUAGUAACUUUGAAUUUGACUCUGAAUAACUUUUCUGACAUAUCUAGCGUAGGUCUAUCAACAGGAAACCGUGAUAAUGUGUUGUGUUUAGUGGAUGUGCAGCAUGUUCGCUUAUCACACAAUAGAAUAAAGGUGCUAAUAAACAAGGGCUUCGCAGCUGUCAAUCAACUUCGAGAGCUGCGCUUAGAUCAUAACUCUAUUUCAAGAGCAGAAGAAUCCGCAUUACAUGGUUUGGAUAAACUUAGAAUUCUAGAUUUAUCUAGCAAUCAAAUAGUUGCUCUGCCACCCCUUGUACUUAGGCCAUGUGAGGAACUAAAUGAAUUAUACCUUCAAAACAAUUCUAUAAGUGUUUUACCUCCUGGUUUAUUUACAGGAUUGCAACAACUUCUUGUUCUUGAUCUUAGCCAUAAUGAGAUCACUAGCCAUUGGCUCGGAUCCGAUACUUUUGCAGAUCUGAUACGCCUUGUCACAAUGGAUCUCAGUUUUAACCGUCUCACUCAAAUUGAUUCCAGUAUAUUUCGAAGUCAGUACAGCCUCCAAGUCUUACAUUUGGACCACAACGAGAUAGAAGUGAUAUCAGAUCAUGCUUUUUAUUCCCUUUAUAAGCUACAUACGUUGUUGCUGAAUAAUAAUAGAUUAACGCAAGUCACACCUACCACUUUCAGCGGUUUAUAUGUCCUUAACAUGCUGUCAUUAAGUCAUAACGAUAUUAACUAUGUCCACCCAGAUGCCUUUCGAAACAAUAGUGCCAUGAUGGAGAUAAAUUUGGCGGGGAACAGACUCUCUUCAGUACCGUCUGCCGUCCAGUCAUUGCAGCUUCUUCGUAGUUUGGAUUUAUCCGAUAAUCAAAUUUCGGAUAUUCAUAAUGCCAGUUAUCUAGGCCUAGAAAAUUUAUAUAGUUUAGUUCUUAGUGGUAAUAAGAUAGGGAAUUUAACAAAAGGUGUUUUUGAAGAUUUACCAUCUCUCCGAAUUUUGAGUUUGGCCAAUAAUGAAAUUCAUUCUGUAGAACAGAGCACUUUUGAUGAUAUAUUAUAUCUUCAUGCACUGAGAUUAGAUUCUAACUUUCUCCCUGAUGUGAAUGGUUUGUUUAGCAAUUUGCACGAUUUACUGAUGUUAAACAUAUCAGCAAAUCGAAUUGAAUGGUUCGAUUAUGCGUUAGUGCCCGCUGGAUUGCAGUGGCUUGAUUUACACGACAAUCAAAUAGAAUUGCUUGGCAACUAUUUUGAAAUGGAAGCUAUUCUUAAACUGAGGACAUUAGAUGCUUCAUUUAAUCAUAUAACUGAAAUAGACUCUUCAUCAUUGCCAAACGGAAUCGAAAUAGUUUUUUUAAAUGACAACCGCAUAAAAGUUAUCCAUCCUUUUACAUUCAUGGGUAAACCAAACCUUACACGAAUGGAUUUGACACGAAAUCAGCUAGAAAAUUUGGAUGUAAAUGCUUUUAGGUUAACAGAAGUUCGAAACCGUAAGCCACUCCCUGAAUUUUCGAUUUCUGAAAAUCCUUAUCUGUGUGACUGCAAUAUGGAAUGGAUACAACGCAUUGGUUCGCAUGAUGAAUCCCGACAGUAUCCGAGGAUGGUAGACAUAGAAGAUAUUGCCUGCCAGUUAUCAUUUAAUCGCCAAAGAACAGCUGUGUCAAUCGUGCAUGCACAUUCCUCUCAGUUCCUCUGUCGUUAUAAAAGUCACUGCUUUGCUUUGUGCCACUGCUGCGAGUUUGAUGCUUGUGACUGUGAAAUGGUGUGUCCUGAGAAUUGUACGUGUUUCUACGAUCAGAGCUGGAAUACUAAUAUAGUAGACUGUAGUUCUCAGAAUCACAUUUCUGUGCCCCGUCGCAUACCAAUGGAUGUAACAGAACUAUAUUUGGAUGGAAAUGAUAUUCCAUCAUUAUCAAGCCACACGUUUAUUGGCAGGAAAAACAUGCGCGUUUUAUUCAUGAAUAAUAGCAAUGUGCAUGUGAUAAACAAUAGAACAUUCAAUGGUCUCAAGUCAUUACAGACAUUGUAUUUGCAACAUAAUCUCAUCGCCAUGCUGCACGGCUAUGAAUUUGAGCGUCUCGUGAACUUACGGCAAUUGUACUUGUCAUAUAAUAGAAUCACGGUUGUUGGCAACACAACUUUCACACAGUUACGAUCACUGGAAGUAUUGCAUUUAGAUCAUAAUUACAUUACAGAAUUCCAGGUGUGGAAUUUAAACCAAAACUUAAAACUAGUCGAUAUACAGCUGUCUCAUAACCCAUGGGCUUGUGAAUGCCAGUUUGUUGGAGAUUUCACACAUUGGCUGCAGUCACGAAGUGAUUUAGUACACGAUGUGUACAGCGUGCAUUGUGUGUACAAUGAUACAGUCACACUGCCUUUGGUUGAAUUCAACAUGACGUCAUGUACUAAUUUCACCGCUUCUUCACCUGGUUAUAUUCAAUCAUUCCGAGUAAACGAUAUUAUGCCAGUGUUGAUUUUAGUCGGUUUUCUUUUUGUGAUUUUGCUUUUAGCAAUAAUACUUACUUUCGUAUAUCGAAAGCGGAUGAGCGUGUGGUUUUUCUCCAAGUAUGGUGUACGUAUUUUCAGCUCGGAAGGAAGAGCCUCCAAUGAUGACGAGAAACUUUUCGAUGCCUUCGUGUCCUAUAGUAAGAAAGACGAAGCCUUCGUAGGGCAGGUCCUUGCUGCAGAGCUAGAAUGUGGGAAUCCCCAUUUCCGACUGUGCCUUCAUUAUAGGGACCUUCCUAUUGGCGGGUAUUUAUCUGAUGCCAUCAUUGAGGCCAUGGAGAGUUCCCGGAGAACUAUUGUCAUCCUAUCGGAGAACUUCAUCCGCAGUGAGUGGUGCCGCUAUGAAUUCAAAUCAGCACAUCACGAAGUACUUAGAACUUAUAAACACAAACUUAUUGUGAUCCUUAUUGGGCGACUGGCCCAGCGUGAUUUAGACCCAGAACUGAGACUGUGGUUGAAGACUAGCACUUUUCUAAGGUGGGGUGACAAAAGGUUUUGGGAAAAGCUACGAUAUGCUCUUCCUGACAUUAGAAAGAGAAAAUCGGAGCGAUGUCACUCCAGUGAUCAUUCUGUUGCUGUUCAUAUAUGAAAGUGAUGUAAAUAUGUUAUCUAUUGUGAUCGGAACCGUUAUACAUGAAAUGAUUUUCGCAAGCAUAUUUGAAAUGUGCUGUCACAGUAGUUCAAGCAGUGAAAGCUGUAAAAUUUUCAUACUACGCGUAAGUCAAAGCUUUUUGUUCCAAUGUUUCCUUUCACAUGUUUGCAGCGGAUUUGUUGAAUUACUACACAUUCAAUUUUGCUGGCUGCGUAGGUAUGUAUAAUGAUGCUUAUUAGUUAGUUAUGCUUUUGCUGAAUAAACUACAAGUUAUUUUUGUGACGAAAAUAUAUGUGAUAUUAUUGACUUUUCCUUAGAAAAUGUGAUUUUAAUUUCUACUAGGGCAAUGGUAUUGUUUUGAUUUCACUAUUAUUUGUAUGCGAUGUGUUAUUUUUCUUAAUCACAAGUAAAAUAAUCUCAAAAUUAAUCAAUAGAUAUGUGCAACUUUCUAAGAAAGAUUGAGGUCUUAGUAAUCAGAUGCACCAAAAAUGUAGAAUUAGCAUCAUUAUUCAGUGAUUUCAUUCCCUGUUUCACAUAACUUUAUUUGUCAUAUCUAAAACAAUUGUUAAGUAAUUCCAUAUCUGAUACUGAAUCCAUGCCAUUUACCUCAUCACAAUAUUUGUCAAUGACUUUUGCCACGAGAUUUCCCUUGAUGUAUGUUGAAGUAUUAGGAUCAUAUCCUAAAUCAUUUGUAAAUAAUUAAAUAUUGUUUCAAAGAUUUUUCACAUUGAAAUGUUUUUCAACACUGAAAAUGUAAUAGAAGUGAAUGUUUUAUAUGGUUAAGCUUACUGCAUUUCUCUGAAUAGUUUUGAUUGCAAGAUAGUUUGUAGUGAAAAAUUCUGUCAAUUUUUGGAAUUUUGUGAUAGAAGAGGUUGAGAAAUAUUUUAGAUUUAUUAAGUGCAAUCUUUAUCAUGAGCUGGCUUUUAAGGCAUCAUUUUAAUUUUUACUCCAAUUCUGCCACGUUUCAUAUUGCGCGAGUAUAACAUUUUAAAAGAUUCCUCCAUGAAUAACAGUGAGUUUUUUUAAUGCACCUUUAAUCGUUGGAAUGCAUAGCACGAAAGUUAAUACUUCAAAAGAAGCAUAAUCUUUCUGCGUUAGUUUUAGAUUUUAACAGAAUGUGCAUUAAGAGAAAAAUCCUGAGCAAUAAAAUACUUUUAUAUUCUUUUGAUUUAUCUGACGUUUCAGAUAUUUAUUCAUUAUUCACUGUAGAUAUUUAUUGUUAUUCUAGUAUUAAUUCUAAUUAAUUAUAAUUAAAAUAUAAUUUUCUGUUUAAUUUCAAGGAAGACACUAAUCACGUAGGAAUAUAUUUGCAUUUUCCUUUACAUUGUUAUAAUUAAGUAUGAGUUUCGAGAUAUCGUUCCAGGAUUAAAAUUUUACCAGGAGAGCACAAAUCAUCCAUUUUUCAUGUUUACGAUUUUAUGUUGCAUGCUUGAAAUCUAAAUUGGUAAAAACGAAUUUGUAAUUGUUAUUAAAAUAAUUCUAUAUUCAGUUCUAAUACUUGUACAUAUAUAUAUAUAUAUAUAAAUUUAUUAACAAGUUUUGAAAAUUGUUUAAAUAACUCAAAAUUUAGUUAAUUUUUGUUCAAAUUUGAAUGUUUUUCUGUUAUGACAAUAGAGUUUACUUAAUAUUUUAUGUCUAGUCUAACUAAUAUAAAACUUCCUUGUAUGCAAAAAAUUUUUAAAUCAUAUUUUCAUCUUUACGCUACAUUUUUAUGCAUUAACCAAUUAUGGAUCAGUUUUUCCGUGACGUAGAUAAUUUUUUUAUCUGGAUAUUGUUGUUAAAUUAAUAAACUUUAAAAUAAAACAGAAAUACUAUAAAACAAAAACACGAAUUUUGUAAAAGGUAACAGACUCAGAAAGAAAAGUUAAUUUUAACUUAAUAUUAAUUUUGAUAAGUAAUUAUUCACGAGUGAUAAUUAAAAUUUAGUUAUUAAUGGAAACUUUACCCUCAUUUAGGUACAUAUGCAUUUAAGAAUAUUUAAUUAUAUAAUUUCAUAUAAAAUAAAAAUGAAAUAUUUUGAAUACUGCUUCAUAAAAAUAUAUAGCUCCAUAUAUUUUUGUAGAAAAUCGUCAGUAUCUUUUCAUAGACACUGACUAUUAUUAUUAUGUAUUAUUUAUUUCCAGUAGAUAUGAGAAACUUUCAAAAAUAUUAUUUUUCAUUUGUAAAACGCCUUUAAGAAAGAAAGAUUUCAACUUAUGGUAUUUAAUUCAAAAAUAAAGAAAGCAUUCCACUCUUUAAAAUGUUUGCCACUGUCUCUUCAAUUUCUUUAAUUAGAAAACAAAGAGUAAUAAAGGUAGCAAAUAAGUAGUGAUUAAAUGAUUCGUUAUUUAGUUAGUGAUCUCGAAAGUUUUAAGGCUUUCAAAUGGCAAACUAUGUUUUAAUGAUUAUCCAGUGAGGAUAGUAAAAACCGAAAGUGUUUAAGCAUUUCGAGAGGAAUUUGUUGAGAUAUAUGUAAACAACUCGUGAUAUUUGACUCAUUUGUUGUGUUGUCUAUUCAUUCAGUUUGUUACUGAAUGGAUAUGAAGCAAGUAAUAUUUUUAUAACAUCUUGCAGAAAUCUGUCCCUUUUUAUUAGUAUAAAAAGGUGCAUGCAUUCCAGAAAUUUGUUAUAUUAGAUGAAGAUGAGAUAUGAUGGAGUAUUAUGCUCGUCUUAAUUUUAUUCGUAACUGGACGUAGAUUAGCGAGUUAUAUACGAAAGAAUGAAUUAUAAAGCCUUUGUCUUUCAAAUAAGUUUAUACUUAAUCUUGCGCCUACUCUUAAAUCUAACUCAAAUUUUUAUUUCACUAUUUGAAGUUUAUGUAAACAAAAUAUGAUGCCUGAGAAGCACGAACAUUUGUUUUCCUUACUAAAGAUUUCUCAACCAUUUCCAUCAUAGUUCUGCUGCACGCCACUCUGCAGCAUAGCAGUUUAAAUUUUUUCGUAGACUAGUUUUCACCAGUGUACAGCAAAAUAUUCUAUUUAGCAUACACAUUGUUCGAAAAAUACACAAAACAGUAUUGUGAAACGUUGAAAUGGUCUGUAUUUUUUUAAGUAGUUUGAAUUUCACCAGUCCAUGACGAUUCUGAUGAUAUGUAAGUAGUUAUUUAUUUAUUAAAAUUUCGAAACACUUAAAA